AUGCCCAUGGACUAUGAGAGGGAAAAGGUAAUAACUGUUUCAUUCCAAUCUGUUAAAGAUCCUUUUCUUACCAAACUUUUUGAAGAUGAAUAUGAGUUUUUUGGUGAAAAAGAUGAAUAUGUAGAUGAUUUAGUUCAUCUAGAAGAUGACGAGAAUGACAUUUUUUGUUCCAAUUCAGUCCAUGAUCCCACCAUAGAGUGGAAUCUCAUGGAACCAAAGGUUGGAGAGAAAUAUCAAAAUUUUUCUCAAUUGAAAAAUUGUCUUAUUAACUACGUUGUGGCCCAUGGGUAUCCCCUAAGGUUUGAGAAACUUGUAAGUACUAGGUUAGUAGCUAGAUGUGGUAGAGAUACAGACAAAAAAGAAUGUGAUUUUCGUUUGUAUGCAUCAUGGAUGAACACAGAAAGAACAGUCCAAGUAAAGUCAAUGAAAAAGAAGCACUCGUGUUCAAGAAAGUUUACUUUUGGACACCUUGUAUCCCCUCAAUGGAUUGCUUCUCAUCUUGUGAAGGAGAUUGUUUUCAACCCAUCUAUUAAACUUAAAGAACUGAGGGAACUCAUUAGGACAAAAUUCAAGAUCACCCUAUCUCUCAGUAAAUGUAACAGGGCUAAACAUAAGGCAAUGGUGAUGAUUGAAGGGAAGGCUAGUGAUCAUUAUGCUAGAAUUUGGGACUAUGCUGCAGAAAUACAAAGAUCCAACCCUGGUAGUACUGUGCAAGUGGGUGUAAACCUUAAUCCUGAUGGAAAACAUUACUUUUAUAGAUUCUAUGUAUGCUUUCAUGCAUUGAAAACAGGAUGGAUUGCUGGAUGUAGGAGAGUCAUAGGAUUAGAUGGGUGCUUUUUGAAAGGGCAAGUAAAGGGUCAACUCCUAACAGCUAUAGGAAGGGAUGCCAAUAACCAAGUAUAUCCUAUAUGUUGGGUUAUGGUAAACAUUGAGAACAAGCAAAACUGGAAAUGGUUCUUGGAGCUUCUUAGUGAGGAUGUUGGAGUACAAGAAGGUGGAGGUCUUACAGUUAUAUCAGACCAACAUAAGGGGCUACUUGAAGCAGUAAAGGAGGUCUUACCAAAUGCGGAGCAUAGACAAUGUGUUCGCCAUAUAUACGCAGACUUUAAGAAGUCAUAUAAAGGAGAAGAGUACAAAGAUUUGUUUUGGGCUGCUGCUGGUUGCACUGUCGAACCUGAAUUCAUAUCUGUGAUGGAGAGAUUGAAGGCUAUAGAUGUGGGUGCAUAUGAAUACUUAAUGUCCCAUAACCCGAGCUCAUGGAGUCGUGCUUACUUUUGUCAAGAUUGUGCUAGAUUGAACAAAGGAAUGAGCAAUUCCAAUGCAACCAAAGUGGAUGAAUUUGUAAAUCAAAGUGGAUAA